AUGAGCAUGAGGUGGGACGAAGAGGGAACCUCGGCUCAUCCAUCGAUGAAUGGAAAUUUCAAGAUGACGAUCGAUCGAGUGACCGAGGGAUGCCGCUUGAUGGUGAAAAUGGGCAAUUCGGAGGACGUUCGGGAAGCGGAAGUGCUGUCGAUUCGAAAGACUCCUCACGGUUACAAGCUUUACGUGCACUACAUCGAAUGCAAUCGACGAUUGGAUGAAUGGGUGGACGAGCGAGCCCUUCGACUGGACACACUCAAGGCGGCGACGAAGAAUGUGCGCAAAGGAGCUGUGGCACCGAGGGAAAUGGUGACCCCAAUUGCUGAGACGCAACUGGAGACGAGCGUUGGAGCUCUUGUUCAAGACUUGCCGCAGAAGAAAAUGCCGACCAUUCAGCCGCCACCAGCUCGACGACCGAAAUUGGACGAAGAUGAGGCGCCAGCAAGUCCGACCCCCUUUCUUGCUCAUCAAGUGCAACCAUCAACAUCCGUGCCGCGAACAUCUGGAUCAAUGUCAAUGGUUGGGCACAGUGAAGAUGCGUUGACGAGGAUUCGAAACAUUGAAAUGGUCGAGUUGGGAAGGUUUCGCAUGGUUCCUUGGUACUUUUCGCCAUAUCCUGUCGAGCUCACACGAUUACCGGCGAUUUACCUCUGCGAGUUUUGUUUGAAAUUCUUGAAAAGUGCAACUUGUUUGAGGAGGCACUUGGAGAAGUGCAGAAUCAAGCAUCCACCAGGAAACGAAAUUUAUCGGAAUGACAAUCUUUCAUUCUUUGAAGUGGAUGGACGACGGAAUAAGUUCUAUGCUCAGAAUCUGUGCUUGCUGGCCAAACUCUUCCUUGACCACAAAACUCUCUACUACGACACGGAUCCAUUUCUUUUCUAUGUAAUGGCUGAGAAAGAUGAUCGAGGUUUUCACAUUGUCGGCUAUUUUUCAAAAGAAAAGGAAUCGGCAGAUGAGUACAAUGUGGCGUGCAUUCUCGUCCUACCGCCUUAUCAAAAGAAAGGAUAUGGUCGCCUGUUGAUCGAGUUUAGCUACGAAUUGAGCAAGAGGGAAGGUAAAACAGGAUCUCCGGAGAAGCCACUCUCUGAUCUUGGCCUUUUAUCAUAUCGAAGUUUUUGGUCAGCAACAAUUAUUGAGAAGCUCAUCGAGUACAAAACGACUUGGCAGGGUAAUGGUCAAGAGCGGCCAAUGCUUUCGGUUGUCGAUCUUUCAACUAUGACCUCAAUUAGGAAAGAAGACGUGAUCUCCACUCUGCAACAAUUGAAUCUCUACAAAUAUUAUCAUGGUCAAUAUGUGAUAGUUAUUACCGACGAAAUCAAACAUGUUUACGAGAAAAUGCAGCGGAAAAUCAAAGUGCGAAUCGAUCCGAGAAGACUCCAAUGGACGCCACGAGAUUGGGGAAAACGAAAAAUA